AUGACCAGUUGUGGCCAGCAGUCCUUGAACGUGCUCACCGUCCUCUCGUUGCUGAUUUCUGCAGUCUUGUCCGCGCAUUUCCGGGUCUGUGAGCCGUAUACGGACCACAAAGGCCGCUAUCACUUUGGCUUCCACUGCCCCCGGCUCUCGGACAACAAAACCUUCAUUCUCUGCUGUCACCAUAACAACACAGUUUUCAAAUACUGCUGCAACGAGACAGAGUUCCAGGCGGUGAUGCAGGCGAACCUCACGGCCGGCUCCGAGGGCUACAUGCACAACAAUUACACCGCCUUGCUGGGAGUGUGGAUCUAUGGCUUUUUCGUGUUGAUGCUCCUGGUCCUGGAUCUUUUGUAUUACUCGGCAAUGAACUACGACAUUUGCAAAGUUUACCUGGCGCGGUGGGGCAUCCACGGACGAUGGAUGAAACAGGACCCCCGGCGGUGGGGCAAAGCUGCCCGGCCCCCUCCGCCAGGGCAGCCCGCCCCACAGCCCCAGCCUCCCCCAGGCCUGCUGCCGCAAGCCCCCCAGGCCGUGCACACGCUUCAGGGAGAUGCUCACAGCCCACCACUGAUGACCUUCCAGAGUUCGUCUGCCUGAAAGCCCUUUUGCCGUGCCUCAGGAUGGGGGAGGUGAGACCCGAAGCACCUGGCACAGCCUCCAAGAAGAACAACUUCCACAGAGA